AAUCACAAUGGCGGAUAAACUUGUUGAUGUUGAGUUGGCAGUUUGGCUUCAGCGUGAAUUACUUCAGCAGUGCUAUCUGGUUUUAUUUUAAUAACUAAUUGCACCUGCACUGCAUAUAUUUUAAAUUUUAGCAUAUGAGCACAGUUCAAAGCCACUAGUUUGCUGACGGUCCCGUUGUGUUUCAGUGCGGUCGCCACGCAUCGGUCCAGCAGCAGCCAGAGUUCACCUCAGUCUACAUUAGCCAGCCAGCUAAUUCAUCUCUGGCUGCACUCAGAUCAGCUGUGAGACUUUUACUUGUUUUUAUAUGUUUUUUUAAUCAGACGUGUUGUUGGAGUGGAUGAGGCCGUUGUCAUCAUGACACUGAGGAAAGUAAACGUGAUCAUCCUUGUGCUACUGGCUGUGGCCUUCCUCAUCAUAGUACAACGAAAUCUUCUCAACCUCAGUGAUAUUUUACACAAAGAAAACCCAGAUGCAGGUAUGAUUCUUCCCUUUGAAUCUGAGCUGGCUCCGGACCUCAAACAAGAGACAGUGAGGAAAGGAGAGGAGAUCCCUGUCCUCAUCACCGCUGCUGAGGAGAGACUGGGAGCUGUGAUCGCUGCCAUGAACAGUGUCUACCAGAACAGUAAAGCCAAUGUCGUCUUCACCAUAGUGACUCUGAAUGACACAGUGGAACACCUCAAUGCAUGGCUAAGUAAGACACGGUUAAAAAAUAUCAAGUAUAAGAUCGUCAUUUUCAAGCCUGAGCUCCUGAAUGGGAAGAUAUCUAAAGAUCCUCAGACGCUGGAGGCUACCAAACCAUUGACUUUUGCCAGGUUUUAUCUACCUGUAUACAUACCUGAGGCAGAGAAAGCUAUCUAUUUGGAUGAUGAUAUCAUUGUACAAGGGGACAUUCAGGAGCUCUAUGACGCCAACAUCAAAUCGGGACAUGCAGCUGCUUUUUCUGAUGACUGUGAUUCAGCAUCCGCUAAGGGCAUCAUUCGAGGGGCUGGAAAUCAGAAUAACUACAUAGGUUUCUUGGACUUCAAGAAGGACGCUAUCAAGAAACUGGGAAUGAGGGCCAACACAUGCUCCUUCAACCCCGGCGUCAUCAUCGCCAACCUGACUGAGUGGCGGAACCAGAACAUCACCCAGCAGCUGGAGCACUGGAUGGAACUCAACACAAAGGAGGAUCUGUACAGUAAGACACUGGCGGAGAGUAUCACCACCCCCCCACUCCUCAUUGUUUUUUACAAACGUCACUCCGCGAUCGACCCAAUGUGGCACGUCAGGCACCUUGGCACUACAGGUGCUGGAAACCGUUACUCCCCCCAGUUUGUGAAAGCUGCCAAACUCCUCCAUUGGAACGGACACUACAAGCCUUGGGGGAGAACGUCCUCCUAUCCUGACGUGUGGGACAAGUGGUUCAUUCCAGAUCCCACAGGGAAAUUCCAUCCUGUCCGAAAACACACGGCGGAUAACUAGACUGAAAAAUUGUUUUCUGCAACUUUUUCGAGCAGCCAAGCCAGCCCUGUCCCAGCAGGACCACGCCUCGCCAUAUCUCAGGAACUAGUAAGGCCUUUUCACUUGCCAGCCGGUACAUGAGUCUUGUCAUCCAGACAUGUAGACCUGUGUACUCUCACAUUCCCUCAAACACACAGAAUUGACUUUUUUCCUUUUAUCCAGUGUGUUACUGUUGCUUAGAGCACAAAAAUUUUAUAUUCUUUAAGUUUACAAACUCAGUGCCCUUGAGAUUGCUUUGACUUGCGCUUCUCAAAAAUGUUCUGCUAAACUGUUAAAGCAGAUUGUUACACUUAAGAAGCGAAGACUGUUCACCUCCCUAGCAGUUUCAUCCUGAAUAUGAUUACAGAUGUGUUGCAUCUGAAGGGUACGACCUUAAUACAUGUGUGUGCAUCACUCCCAGUCAGCAGCAAUGAGAUACCAUGUGACACCGUGGCAAAACAACCAUGUACAUGAAUUAAGUAGAUUUGUUUACAUGCAGCUCAAUACUAAUUUACUUUACUUACAUUCUAGAGGAGCUGUUACCUCAGCUAUAAUGGUGUAGCACAAUCAGUCCAGCAGUUUGUUUCCAACAUAUUUCCCUCAGUUAUCCCUUUAGUCUGAUUAGUAAUUAUGUUAGCAGUGCAGAUGCCUCUUGCCAUUACCUCAAUUCAGUGAUUCCUGUGGAAAAGUCGUUUUAUACCUUAUUGCACAUACACUCUAUCAGGUCCUUUUUAACAGUGGUCUGUGUUCAGUGCAGCAUUUCCAUCACAAAAAUGCUGGAACUCCCUCCUCUAUCACUCCAUUUUCACAAAUGAAUUGGUUAAUGGUGUGCCACCAUUUUGGUUUGUCUCGCCUAUGCCAUAAAUGAACACUAAGUCAGUACUGUACUGCCUCUCAUGCUGAACAGUGUGGGUUUUAAUGAUUUUAUAUGCAGACCACUAAGCAAAUUGCACCUCUGCAGAAACUGAAGAACAUGAUGUUUGCACAGUAUUCUCAUGCUUCGUAUCCCUUCGGUCAGGAUUUUUGUAAGCAUCAAAAAGCGUUUCUCCUUGCUGGUGUAAAUAUUUGUCAUCCUUUGUAUAUUACAUGAAAUAAA